CACGUUGAAGGAUCCUCUUUAAACACAGUAAAUCACCCCAGGGUCUUGUGUUCAGUCCAUUAUCCGUCCAGUUAUAGUUUGAAGCAACUGUUUGGGAUCGAGGACUUAUUUAUCGCACUAUGGGGAAUGGUAGAACGUACACGAGAGGACUGUGCAUCACUUUCAAUGUCCUGCUUCUGGUAUCUGGGGUAUUUCUGUUUGUAGUUGGGGUUUCAUACAGCUUCCAACACCCUCCUGAGUUUGACCAUCGGAGUACCCUCCAUGAGAUGUACGUACUAAAUGUGUUUGGACCCAUUACUGUACUGUUCUCCAUCCUGGGAGGCUACGCUGCCUACAGAGACAAGAGAAUACUGCUGAUCCUGUAUGUUGUCUUCAUGACCUGUGAAUUCAUAGCCAUCGUAAUCAUCGCGUGCGAUGGAUCAAUGUUGUGGACUGCGUGGCACUCAGACUGGGGUUGUCACAUUCCAGUCUCCUGCUACUGUCCGCCACUCCCUCCAGACUACUCAUUGGACAGUCAGUGUGAGACUGUAAAUCUACAGAACACUACGCUAGACUGCCAGCACAAUAUCACACACGGACAAACUACAACUUCAGUGUCCCAGGAGCGCUGGGUGUACAGCAAGCCUUGUGGUCCCAUACUGAAGAGACACAUGAACUUCCUGAUUCAGAUCAUGAUCGGAUUCAUCUCUACAUUUGCCACCAUUAUGAUUGCUGCCAUAGUGAUGUUCCUGGUGCUGCUGGCCCUCCAGAUUCGGUCCACAGAGCCACCGCUCAACGACAGCCUCGACAGAAGAGUCAAGUACCAACUCAGUCCUCUAGCUGUCACCUGACCUCAGCGUCAACACCACAGAUAACCAUGCUCUGCAUGAGGACGAGAACAUGAUUCUAAUAUACCAAACUGUUAUCCUCCUGCUGGUCUUUUGUUUGGAACAUGCUACAGUGAAAAUAACACACGGCUAUAUUCCAGUGU